UAUUUUAAGUUGUAUUCUGUUCUGUUUUGGCCAUAAUUGAGCUAAGGAGAAUGGUGUGUACUUUUGCACAGAUGAUAAUAUAUGUAUAAUUUUCUAAAAGAGAAUUGUAUAAGUGCAGCCUUUUUACUUAGAUUUUAUUAAACACCCACUAACCCAAUUCUCUCCUUCUAAUGCUCUUUGGUGUGUCUUUUGCAGUGUGACAUCUGGUCGCUGGGGAUAACCGCCAUCGAAAUGGCUGAAGGAAAACCACCAUACACAGGGCAAUAUCCAGUUGAGGACCUGAUAAUUGAAGCCCAACCACCAAAGCUUCAAUCAAACACCUGGUCACAGCAUUUUGUGUCCUUCUUGGAGUCCUGUCUGAAAAAGGACCCUUUGGAGAGAGCGAGUGCUGAAGAACUCCUGCAGCACCCAUUUGUCACCCAACUACCACCUAAGAAGAUCAUCAGGGCUGAGAUUGAAGAACAUCUCCGGACUCUGCAGAACCUGCCGGCCAAGAAAGGACUGAAAGGAGUUGCUCUCUCAAAGCUGCGGCGUGCUUGUGACUUCUGCACACAGACAUCGGCAGAACAAGAAGCAGCUCUGCAAAUGGCCCUGGAGGGCUUCUCCUGUUAUUGAUAUUGUGGCCAAUAACAUCAACAGCCCAGAAUGAGUUUCCUGAAUCACAGCCGAGGAAAAAGAAACAUCCACAGGAUCCAGUGGCGUCUGCAGCUCCACCAGCAACAUCUCCUUUCAAGCUGAUGCAGUUCAGCAAGUGGUAACUUCAAGAUUCCUGCAACUACACCAGCAGGAACUUUAUCUCCUUCUGUAGCUCUAUGAUUGUAUUCUUUUCAGACUACCACAUCUCCACCAGUGGUGUCUUUGCUUCAUUU